AUGCUCUCUUAUCUUCAACAAUGUCGAGGACUUCUACAGCGUGCGGCACGCAAAAUUGUGGUCAUCGGAAAUGAGAGCUGUGAUUUGGACUCGGCGGUGAGUGCACUGGCCCUUGCAUAUCACCUGCACUGUACACCGGAUGUCCUACAGCGGAAUUCGUAUACGAAGGAUACGGUCAUUGUUCCCGUUCUGAACGUGGUGCGCAAUGAAUUGCCCCUGAAAACGGAAGUUACGUACUAUCUGAAGCAGCAAAAGAUAGCUCUGGACGAGCUGAUUUGUAGCGAUGAAAUCGAGUGGGAAACGGAACCGAAUAAUCUGGACCUGGUGCUUGUGGAUCAUCAUAUGACCAAGCUGGCCAACCAUCGAAUUGUCGGGAUUGUAGAUCAUCGUCCCGUUGACGGUGCGGCAAAGUUCAAUUCCGAAGCGUUCCGUACCAUCGAGUUAGUUGGCUCCUGCGCAACGCUGGUUGGAAGAGAGUUAAUGAGCAUUUUCCAGGACAAACAGGUUCCAGGAUAUGCGGAUGCACUGGAGCUUUUGUAUGGUGCCAUCGUGCUGGACACGGUCAAUUUCUCCAAAGAAGCUGACAAAGCAAGGCAGCUCGAUCAUGACGUUGCGGGGUUCAUCGAGAAGAAUGUGAAGAAUAUUACGCCCGAGAACUGUUCCGGGUAUAGAGAAUCUUUGUUUAAAUCCCUCGUGGCGGCACGGAGCGAUGUAUCACAGCUCAAUGCAUAUCAGCUGCUUUUUAAAGAUUUAAAGAUAUUGCACCAAAACGGUCGAACCGUAUCGCUGCCAGGCUUUCCUAUGGCAGUGCAACAGUAUCUGAAACUGGCCGAAUGCAGCCAACAUGUAAAUCAGUUUGCUUGCAGUACUCAAAGCAACGUGGUACUGCUACUCGGAAUGAAGGUACUCCCGGACGGAAGUGUUCGACGUGACAUAGGCAUCAUCCCGAUUGACGAUAAACCACUGGCAGAAAAGAUUAUUUCCGCUCUGCUUGAGGAGAAAAGCAUCAGUUUUGGAUUAGAGCGAAUAGAAACAGUGUUUGCGAACGGGGCAGUCUUUUUCCAGCAGCACAACCUGAAAGCAUCCAGAAAGCAAUUGAUACCGAUUGUGAAAAGUGUUCUCGAUAGUUUGCAAGGAUAAUAAAGCUGAAAGGUCAUAAAAGCGAAACGAAACUAUA